AAUUUUGCUGUGUGCAUAGGAAAAUCUCUUUCCAAGCUAAUCUGACUCAGCCAGUUUAGCUUCAUCCAUCGAUAGAUUAACUACACUGUUUGUUGUGUUGCGAGGUUGGUUGCGGGGUAGUGGUACUUUUUCCUUUCUUUUUUCCCCCGUUCAUUACGUUGCCUUUUAAUUCUAAAACCAAAAACGAACAACAACAGGAGGAUAAAUAUCGAAAAACAAAAUCAAAAUAUUGGUUGUGCAAAGUAUCUGUGGUUGUUGUGAGCUAUGGUCCACAUGUAAUCAAUUGAUCUUUUAUGCUGCUGCACAAACCAAACUGAUGCAUUGAAGUGACGUCACAGCACACAUCAAUUUUGAAUUUGCGGAAACGAGGAAAAGCAACCUCUGCGUCUUUGCAGCCAUAGGGAAUAAUUGAUAAAUGUGCAAACAAAAACAAAACAGAUAAAUCCGACUCUGCUUUAGAAAGUGAAACAUACCACUGGCCUGGCUCCACAUUAAAAAAAACCAAAACACUUUGCAUUCCGCCGGUUGCUUUUUUGGGGAGCUCUUUCAACCCCACCAACACCACCUCUAAAACAACUGUCGAGCUAGCUAUUCAUUGAGCAAAACAAAAACAAACAGCUGUUGAUAGAGGAGCAACGGCAAAUGGCAUUCGAAAUCUAGUCAACAAACAAAACACAAAAAAAAAACAUCGGCGAGAACUCUUGGUUUUCUGUUGACGGUUUUUGUACCCCCCUCAUUUGUAAGCUUACUUGGUGGGCAUGGACUAGCGGCGGCGACUGCGCUUAUAACUUUCGUGCAGCACUACCAUCGCUGAGCGCACCACCUAAGCGGCCUUUAGUUCGUAAAUUCUGCCGUUGCAGCCCGCGCUUGUUGUUUGUUGGGUUGUUGUUAGCACAUUUUGGAAUUUGAAACUGGUUUUUCGAAAAUAUGGAAACAAGUUAACCCGGUUUUCCAUGUCCCCAACUCGUAACUCGCCGGAGUAGCCUUAAUGGUUAGCAAAUUAGCUUGUUUGGAAACUCAUUUGUUUGUGGUGGUAUAAACAGCUUUUUGCCAUCAUCGCGCCGCGCUUAACCACUUUGACCAACAGCAGGCAGUUAAGUCAGUCCGUUCGUUCAUCUAAUAUGGCUCAGGAUCUCGAUAAUAACUCCGAUGCCUAUAUAGAUGUGGAUAAUACCGUUAUAACACCGAGUCCUCAACGUGUUCGCAAUAUACUAACACUAAAUGAACGUAUAGCAGCUAUAAACGCUUACAAUCAUCGUCCCAUGUACACAAAAGUUGCUCGCAUGUUCAAUUGCAGUUGGGAGCAAAUCAAGAAUAUCAUAUCUAAUCGUGAUGCUAUAAUGGAAUUCUAUGAAGCCACUAAAAGUCAGAAGGACGAACAACAAAUGGAUUUAAGGCAGAGAAAAAUUAAAUUUCUAAGCGAAUGUGUAUACGAGUUUAUACAGCGGGUGCAGUAUCAUCUGAAAUUGCCCAUUACCGAGGAACUGAUACGGCUGCAAGCUUUGGAAUUUCAUGAUUUCAUAAAAUUGGAUGACUUUGUGCCGAAUAAGAAAUGGUUGAAUCUCUUCAAGGCCACCUACAACAUUUCACUGGCCAAUAAACAAAUAUCCUUAUCUCGUGUGCCACCCUCCUCGCUGGAUGUAAGAGAUAUAAUGGCUUAUUGUACAAAAAAUAAGCCAACACAAAUCUACUCCGUGCACAUGAAAGACCUUAAGCAAAAAUACAAUAGUUUGGAUGCCAAGACAGCUGAAUAUGAGAGUAGACGUGUCCGAAAACUAAAUUUCCUACAGAAAGCUUUAAAUGAAUAUCUGCAGAGGGCAAAAUUCCAUCACAAAUCAAUGCAAUUGGACGAUGUAGCCCUUCAGACGGUGGCCAAUGAGUUUAAUGAAAUAUUGAAAGUUCAAGAUUUCUAUCCCACUCUGGCUUGGAUAAGAGAUUUUAGGCAACGCCAUAAUGAGACAGCAACCUCCCAGGAUGGCAGUACCAAACGCCCCUUGUUGUCUUUGGAUCUUAAGGAUAUUCUCAGUUAUUGCAGUAGAAUGGAUAAUAAAACCAAAGCCUGCACCAUAACUUUGACACCCAAAGAACCGUCCACGACGGGUGUGCACCAAAUGCCUAUGCUGCCCAAAUUACCAGUAAGACCAACUGAUGCAAAAAUAAAGUUCCUUCAGAAUCACAUUAUUUAUUUGGAGGAGGAGGAAGACGAAGAAAAGGAUGUUAAGCCCGUUGUAAGUGAUAUGAAAACGGAAAGAGUUUGGCACCAAGAACAAUCUCCACCCUUGAAAAUUCGUAAAAUAGAGUCUAUCAACAAUGAUCCAGUGCUGCAAAAUGAAUUAAGGCAACAACAUCAACAGGAGAAGUCAGUAGAAGAGAAUGAUUUACAAACUGCAUAUGAACAACAAAUGCCCAUUAAGACAGAAAGAGAAGAAGACAUUAAAAUAUCAGAGCUCAAUGCCCCAUCAAGGCCACCGUCAACUGAAAGGCCAAGCAUGAGUUCAACAAAUGAAAAUCGUAUAUUUCUUACACCCACCGUCAUAAGCCACUCAUCUCAGGCCCUUAACAAGGCUAUUCACAACAAUCCGCCCGCAUUAGAAUCUCCUCCUGCCAACAGCAGGAACUGUGAGGAAGACCUUGAAUUACCACGACAAAUUACUAGCUUCAAAGAUGCCCUGCGUUUACUUAAGCCUCUGGAGGAGUAUGCCAUGCUGAGAGAAAACUAUCGUGCAAUUGGUCUCAUUACACAGCUGGAAGAAGUUCUUAAAAAGGAUGAAACCAAAGCGGAUGAAGACUUUCGCGCGUGAAUUUCGUUUUGCAAAGUUUGGCGACAGAAGCACUACCAAAUGUUUUUUUUUUUUUUUGUUUUAAGAAAUACAAUGUAUUUCUUUGGAUUAUUCGAAUAUGUUUUAAGAAAUGUUUACAUCUAAACUUGUAAGAAAAUCCUAACUACUUUUAAGAUAACAUAAAGGAUUUUGUAAAGUUCCUUUUAAUGCAAGCCUAGGAUAUUGAAUUAAAAAUUAAUUGAAUUAAAA